UGGUCGCUCAGCGUCCGGCCCGAGCUGCCGCGAGUUCCAGGGAGCCUGAGCUCGGCUCCUCCACCGAGGGGGUCUUUGUUCCCGUAGGCGUCCCCGCCCCACUGCUCCCGCCGCAAAACCUGUUUGCGAAGUAUCAACGGCAUGUCCUGCUGGGAGAUGUCCAGUCUUGGGUCGCGAUGGAGCGGGGCGAGCUUUCACACACCUGAAAGAAGAGAAUGUCAAGACGCAGUAGCCGUUUACAAGCUAAGCAGCAGCAGCAACCCCAGCCCAGCCAGACGGAUUCCCCUCCAGAAGCCCAGAUAAUUCAGGCCAAGAAGAGAAAAACAGCCCAGGAUGUCAAAAAAAGAAAAGAGGAGGUCACCAAGAGACAUCAGUAUGAGAUUAGGAAUUGUUGGCCACCUGUAUUAUCUGGAGGGAUCAGUCCUUGUAUAAUCAUUGAAACACCCCACAAAGAAAUAGGAACAAGUGACUUCUCCAGAUUUACAAAUUACAGAUUUAAAAAUCUUUUUAUUAAUCCUUCACCUUUGCCUGAUUUAAGUUGGGGAUGCUCAAAUGAUGUUUGGCUAAACAUGCUAAAAAAAGAGACUAGAUAUGUUCAUGACAAACAUUUUGAAGUUCUGCAUUCUGACCUGGAACCACAGAUGAGGUCAAUACUUCUAGACUGGCUUUUAGAGGUAUGUGAAGUAUACACACUUCAUAGAGAAACAUUUUACCUCGCACAAGACUUUUUUGACAGAUUUAUGUUGACACAAAAGGAUAUAAAUAAAAAUAUGCUUCAGCUCAUUGGAAUUACCUCAUUAUUCAUUGCUUCCAAACUUGAGGAAAUCUAUGCUCCUAAGCUCCAAGAGUUUGCUUAUGUCACUGAUGGUGCCUGCAGUGAAGAGGAUAUCUUAAGAAUGGAACUUAUUAUAUUAAAGGCUUUAAAAUGGGAACUCUGUCCUGUAACAGUCAUCUCCUGGCUAAAUCUCUUCCUCCAAGUUGAUGCUCUUAAAGAUGCUCCUAAAGUUCUUCUACCUCAGUAUUCUCAGGAAAAGUUCAUUCAAAUAGCUCAGCUUUUAGAUCUGUGUAUUCUAGCCAUCGACUCAUUAGAAUUCCAGUACAGAAUCCUGGCUGCCGCUGCCUUGUGCCAUUUUACCUCUAUUGAAGUGGUUAAGAAAGCCUCAGGUUUGGAAUGGGACAACAUUUCUGAAUGUGUAGACUGGAUGGUGCCUUUUGCCAGUGUAGUAAAAAGUACUAGUCCUGUGAAGCUGAAGAUUUUUAAGAAGAUUUCUAUGGAAGACAGACACAAUAUCCAGACACAUACAAAUUAUCUGGCUAUGCUGGAUGAAGUAAAUUAUGUAAACACCUUUCAAAAGGGGGGACAGUUGUCACCAGUGUGCAGUGGAGGCAUUAUGACACCACCGAAGAGCACUGAAAAACCACCAGGAAAAUACUAAUGAAGGUUAACUAAGCAAACAAGUUGGAAUUGACCAUUGGUAGAAUUUCCUAGAACUGAACUACUAAAGUUUUCAGGAAAAUAGUGCUAUGACUGUCCUAGCCAAUUCAGAAGUUUCACUGCCAUUCUUUGAUUUUAAAAAACCACUUAAAAUUGGCAUUAAGGAAGAAAUUCCUACAUUAGCUGUUUAAACAGCGGGACUUGUUUACAAAGAUGACUUCAUUCCCAAGGUGACUGGAUAGAAGAUAGCCACGCUUUAUGCCAUAAUUUUUUUUUUUUUGAUCCAGUAUUACUGUGUUAUCGUGAUAAACUAAGAAUUUUAUCAUUGGAGUUUUAGACUAGGUAAGUGCCACCUUAAAGGCGACAUUAAUACAAUACUUUGAAUCUAGUUUUUAGAUUCUCAAAAUUCAUAUUGUCUUGACUAGUGCAAUUUGGUUUUUGAAAAUAAAAUUUAAACUUGUUUACAAAGA